AUGUUUCAAAUCUUGACUGCUGCUUUUCGAGCAGAGAAUGGCAAGCCAAGUCUCAAGCUACCUCUUGACUUCCCUAGAGAGCCCCUCCCUACCUCCGAAUCCUCUGAGACAGCUCUCUCCAUCGUUCAUUGUGAUGACGUCGCUCCUGCAAUCGUUGCCAAAUCCUCUCUGAGUGAUCGCAUCAAACAUCCUCAAGUCCUCCCCGGAGCUAUGAGCUACAGGCUACUCAAUUCGAUCAAUGAUAUCGAAGAUACACACCUCAAGAAGCACAUGCGGAAAGGUACUACGUCGAUUGAAAGCCUGGAGCGCCUUUUUCAAAAAUGUCCAAGAGAAGGUAGUCCGGCCGUCACUAUCGGUGAAUCUGCUUUCGUCUGUAGUCCACAGAUGGCAGACGACAAUCACAGCUACAACAUGUCAGAAGUCUUCAAUGAGGUUCAACUCCAAUUUAACAAUGGCCUUAAAUCAACCCAAUACUUCAACACACGGCUCUCUACAAUUAAGCCUAAGCUUUUGAAAGCACCUUCUCCCGAUGUAUUCAAAAGCAUUCACAUUAACUCCGGAAUGUGUUUGGGCUCCAAGGCCGCCUUGGCUAUGUCGCCGGGUCAUGGCCAGGGAGACGCCUGCGUCAUCCCCAAGGUCCCCGAAAAUGAGGAACCAACUCUGUAUGAGCUGGAGACCAUCGCCCGACUUUCUUCGGGCAUUGCGGAUGCGGCCGCUCUCUUCGGAGGCUGCAGUACCCCACACACUACAAUCAGCAUCAGCCUCGAUGUCCCCGAUUUCCAAUACUACUGGACUGUUUGGGAGCUAUUCAAAAAAGAUUUGGUUACGAUAGAAUAUGUUCAAGACUGGAUGACUGCGAUCCAAAGGCGGCGUGCUCAACUCCAAAAAAUUAUGGCCUCUGUCAUUUAUAAAAUGCUACUGGAUCGAGGAAUUGGUGAUAUUAAGGUGAACUUUGCUUCCUCGACGGAAGCGACAGUGGAACUACUCCAGGAGAGACUUUUAUCUGGAAUUGUUCCCUCUCUAGAGGAACUCCUGCAUGUGGUACAAAGACAAGGGUCCCAUUCGGCCCAAUGGACCGAGUUCCUCACGCAUCUCGAGUCAGGCGAGCAGCCUUUAGAUGGUACAGACCUUGGAAAACUGAUGUAUGUGUUUGAAGCCGUGAAAUAUGCCUUGGAAACAGAAUCGUCACGGCAGAAGCACGCAAACAAAGACGAUCCCAGUGAAAAGCUCAUCAUCUUCCUGGAUGACACGGCUGAAUGUCGGAUCUUCAACCGCGCCACCAAAUUCAUCAAGCGCUACUCAGAAAGUACCACGAUGAUCGGCAUAUUUCCGCUACAGAAGAUCUUGGCUGCCGGCUAUGGCCGCUCGGACCUCUAUAUGAACGAUCCAGGCCCUGUUCUAUGUUUGGAACGUGGGAAAACCAGGGUCAAUCUAUUCGAUGUGAUUCGCAUGAGCUACGGGCCCCAAACUGCCACACUACUGCAGCUCUCUUGUCAGGAACAGGGCUUCCGAACUGGUCUGCCCGACCCUGCCGAUGAAGCCGGGUGGCCUCUUCUCACACCAGACACGUUCAAAUUCUUAGGCGCAUGUGCGGCACUUGGGGCAGCCAUUUGGUUCAAAGGGAGGCUGUGGAGCUACUAG